AUACUGAGCAUCUCUAUACAGUAGUGUUUGAAGAGAUCUGCGGGCGUUUUGGAAAGACCUAUACCUGGGAUGUGAAAUCAUUGGUCAUGGGUAAAAAAGCUCUAGAAGGGGCACAGAUUAUUCGAGAUGUUCUAGAUCUUCCAAUAACCAAAGAAGAGUUAUUACGUGAAAGUAAAAUGAAGCAGGAGAAGAUAUUCCCUACUGCUGAACUGAUGCCAG